AUGGGAGCUAACGUCCUCCCUCUUCCGGCGCAGUUAUCCUCGCGGUCGCCCUCUAGUAACCCCGCCCCGCACUCCGAGUUCACUGGACCUCAAUCGCUGGGCACAUCGAUUUCCAAUCUUAUCACGCGAGCAGCUCGUCGCCAGCCUGUGUGUAUAGAGAAUCCCCAACCAGAGCAAUUCCCGACCAGACGGCGGAACUCGAUCUUAGGAAAGCUGGCGGGUCCACGUGAAAACGCGAAGCGAUUCCUUCGACUGCGGUCGUCCGGAGUCCAGGCGCCUUUGAAACGUCCAUUGCAACCUCCAGCGACGCGUAGUGUCCGGCCAGUUUCGGAAAUAAUUCUGUCGCCGACUGCGCCGACUGCGCUGACAUCGGUACACUUGGAGGAAGAGAUGCGAUCGGAAUCCUCAUCUACCGAGGUGCUGGCUCAUCCAGUACAUGAGCACCUCCUUCCAUCACCCGAAGCGACCAUCCCCUUUGCUCCGUUGCGCAAUGAGAAAAUCAUAGCAACUGGGAGUGGCAUUUCUGUCGGCAUUGCCCUCACAGAACCGGUUCUUUUCUUGCAGGGCUACGAUCACCAGGACCCGAGCAGUAAGAAGUCAGCCAUUCUGCGGGGACAAAUACAUCUGAAAGUCACAAAAUGUGUCAAGAUCAAGAAGAUCUCGGUCUGUUUCCGCGGCCAUGCCCAGACCGACUGGCCUGAUGGAAUUCCACCAAAAAAGAUUCAUUUCCAUGACAAAAAGGAUUUAUUCACCCAUGGUGUAGUAUACUUUAAUCACGGGGAUACCGCGCUCAUGCAGAAUGACUACGGCGCCCAUUAUUACCAGCAUGCGAAACCCAUAUCAUCCGUCCCAGGCAAAGAAGGGGUCACGAUGACCACCCGAGAACUUUUUUCGAAUCGCAAUUUCGCUACACUCGCCCCGCCCACCAGUCGAGAAACCAAGCGCCUAUCUCUGCAAACCAAUCGUGGCCAUUCGCGCAGCUUCAGCAAGAAUGAACCCCCGACCACCCAACCCCAGCCCCAACGCAACUACCGCAUGUUUCCCGUUGGCGAUUAUCUAUAUAGUUUCGAGUUCCCGAUCGAUGGCUCCUUGCCAGAGACAAUCAAGACCGAUCUGGGGUCUGUGAAGUAUGACCUGGAAGCAAUGGUCGAACGAGCAGGCGCAUUUCGUCCCAACCUUCUCGGCACUUUGGAGAUACCCGUUAUUCGUACCCCGGCCGAGGGCUCACUAGAACAAGUCGAGCCGAUCGCCAUUUCACGCAAUUGGGAGGACCAGCUUCAUUAUGAUAUCGUCAUCUCGGGGAAGUCAUUCCCCCUGGGCUCGCAGAUCCCAAUCGCAUUCAAGUUGACACCACUCGCGAAGGUGGAGUGCCACCGAAUCAAAGUCUAUGUGACGGAGAACAUUCAGCAUUGGACGGCCGACAAGAGCGUGCACAGAUUGCAACCAGCGAAAAAGGUGUUGCUAUUCGAGAAACGGGCCGAUUCUAACAGCGUAAGCACAUAUCCUGGUAGCUCCAUGCGUGUCACCGCAGGCGGAGGGAUUGACUGGGACCACCGCGCUGCCGCCGCAAGAGGGGAGGAAAUUGUCGACCGCACUCGCACAAAUCUACUUGGCAACCUGUCGAAUGAUUCUGGUGUCGGUCCAACUGAGAUGGAGUUCAAUGUGCAGCUGCCGAGUUGCCACGAGAUGAAGGGUCGGGAUGAGGGUCAGCGGCUACACUUCGACACCACAUAUGAAAAUAUCCAGAUCAACCACUGGAUUAAAAUCGUUCUCCGUCUAUCCAAGGUCGAUGAACGAGAUACCACAAAACGAAGACACUUUGAAAUCUCCAUCGACUCGCCAUUCCACAUCUUAUCCUGCAAGGCCACUCAGGCCAACAUCUAUCUCCCAGCCUACACCACCCCCGCCGAAGAACCAGUACCGCCCGCCCAAGAAUUCGAAUGCGGAUGCCCAGGCGCACCCCUCGCGCCCCGAGACCAAGCCAUUGCCUUGGCGUCAGGCGAUCGCGAAGACAGCAAUCCCGCCCUUACGAGUUCAGGUCGGCGCGGCUCAACUGGCCACGCUUUCUCGCGCAGCUUCACCAACGGCUCUGGCGGCCUCGCCCGGCCUCCACAAGCGCACCUCGCAACCCCACCGGACGAGCGCAACCCCACCCCGCCUCGCCCCAUGCAUCUUCUCCGCGCACCCUCAUACGCCCCUCCUGCCUUCGAGGACGUCCCCCCGCGCCGCCUCUGGUCACACCGCCCCCAGAACCGCGAGGCCGUUCUUGAGGAUUAUUUCUCCCGUUUAUCAUUCUAUGAAGAAAAUGAGGACGACAUCCGUGGUAGCGGCCGCGUGGAUGUACCCUUAACUCCGGGUGGGCGCAUAAAUCGCAGUAUGGAUGUGCCUCGGGAGUGGGUGCGAAUCGAAGACUAUUUCCAGUGA